GGGCCACACUCACUUCGUUUGUAUAGCAAUAAGGUGUUUUAUCUGUUUGCUUCUAGCGAUUAAAUGGCUGGUUCCAAGAUAAUCACAAUUUAGAUAAUUAAUGCACACCACUGCAGCGAAUUGCAGCAAUUCAGUUGCCCGGGCAGACCCAAACGGAGCAGUUCACUCGGCACAGGACAAUGGUGCGACUUUUGCUGCUGGAUAUCUUCCAAUGGUUCGGCUUGCUACUUGGCUUGACUUCGUACAGACGGAUCGACGAUAGAUUUAUACAAACCCGGAUAGCCAGAGCUUACGCUCUGAUCAUCAACAUCUUCUCGGUGGCAAUGCAGCCAAUGGCUUUUCUACGCUUGGCCAACUCUGUGUCGGUGGAUGCCUGGCUGCCGCGUUGCAUGUGGAUUACUCCCUACGUCCUCUAUGCGGUAAAUUAUGCUGUCAUCGUCCACACUUUGAUCUUGCGUGGCUAUCGGGACAGAAUACAGCUAGAGCUACACAAAUUUAAUGUUCAAUUGAAGCACGAGAUGGGCCGAACACAAAACAAAGUGAACCUCAAGCUGCGGAGGCUUUUCUAUACAAAAACCUUAACUACGUUGUAUCUGUUGCUGUGCACUAUUCUGGAAGUCCUUCUGUUUAAUGAAGACUACUCGACGACCGCAAUUUUCGACUUAAUUCUAACUUACUAUGGCUCCCUUAUUUUGAUUUCGUCUACCCACUGCUACUUUGUGUCGCUCUGGCAAGUUGCUCGUGGAUAUGAUUUCCUGCACCAGCAACUGGAGGAGCUCAUCUCCACACGGUCGCCGCUCACAUCUGGCUACACCGAGGAGCUGCGCAGUCUGUGGUCGCUUCACGCCAGCCUCAGCCGGACAGCGCAGAAGAUAAACAGGAUCUACGGUCGCCAGAUGUUGGCCUCACGUUUCGACUACAUUAUAUUCUCCGUGAUCACCAGCUACACUGCCAUUAUCUACACGCUUAGUGACCCGGGUCCUCUAUUUGCCAAGUACUUUGGUGCUUUCUAUGGCAUACGCACACUGGACUUCUUUAUGACCGAUUAUAUAUGCGAUUUGAUGUGUGAGUACCAGCGUAUGCCGAAGGACACCGUUAGCGAGGUCAGCGUCAUGUCCAAUGAGCUCAGUUCUUAUGUGAUCUACCAAAACAGCAUGCAUCUGAACUUGAGGGUUUGCGGUCUCUUCCCAGCCAAUCGAAAACAGUGGCUCAACAUGAUGGGAGCUAUCCUGUGCCACUCCAUAAUGCUUCUGCAGUACCACCUGAUGAUGACAGCCAAGCCAGACUUACAAAACAAAUAA